AUGGGUUGGUUUUCCUCCUCGACGCCCGCCGGCCCCAAGCCGUCAUCGGACGGUGCUUUCGAAGCGCCCGACCGAUCCAGCCGUGCGCAAUGCUGGGAGGCGCGCGACGCCUUUUUCCAAUGCCUCGACCGGCACGACAUCAUCGACAGCGUCACCAACAAGGACGAGGCCGCUGCGCACUGCGGCCGCGAGGAUAAGGCAUUUGCGCAGAACUGCGCCAGCAGCUGGGUGAGCCGUUACCCCGCAGGCGCGGUGCAGGCGGCGGACGCUGACGGCGCGCAGGUGCAAUACUUCAAGAAGCGACGAGUCGUCGAGUACAAGAAGGAGGCCACACUGAAACAGCUCCAAGCCGAGGGAGCCAGGCCGCUGUCGCAAAGCCAAGCAUGA